AUGACGUCAACAAGGGAAAGAGCGCGACUCCGCCCCCGAGUCACGGUGACGAGGGGAGGAAGGAGGCCCCGGGGGGGAGUGUCGCGCAUUCUCUUACCCCUCAGGACGGCGGUAGUAGGGGGCAAGAGAAGGUCCGGGGAGGAUCUCCUUAACUUUGGGAACGACUCCGGGGCUUAUCGCCCGAACCAGGCGCCGGAGCCCCCCCCCCCCCGACCAACCACUAACGGCGGCCGUAGCCCGGUGCCGGCGGGGUGGGGCAACCGUCCCGCGGCGGCGGGCGGCAGCGCCGUCGCCGGCUGUGCAGGAAUUAGCAACGGCGGUGCUUCCCUACCGGGCCGUAAAUCGACCGCGGGGCGCAUGCAGGCGGCGGCGGCGGGGCGGACGAACGGAGGCGGGUCGCGGGGGCCGACCGGUGCACCCGUUAACAACGGGUGA